GACUCUAAAGUCGUGUAACACGAGUACUUUGCCCCAUACAUUACGACUAGCAAUUUUACCGACAUCCACCACAGACAAUACUCCGCUGGAGCUCCACCACCAAAACCCUAAUGAGGGCCACUCCGCCGUGUCUUCUCUUCAUCACUUGUCUCGUUUUGUCUUCUUCGCUGUCUCAUUCCUAUUCUUUCUCCUUCUCCAACUAUCAGACCAUAUUGUCCCUCUCCCACUCCCUCAUUUCCCGCGUCGUUACCCGCCGAGCCUCCCGCGGUGAUGUCGACGGCGCGGAGCGGGCCAGGGCGUUGGCCUAUAAUCUGGAGCGUGGGUUGGGUCUCGGCUUCUACAAGUUCGCUUGGAAUGUGGGAUGGGAUUAUAUAAAGCAUUACGCGUGGAGAGACGCGUUGUCGUUUGAAGCCCUAGGGGGCGUUCUGUCGGAUCUGAAUGUGUUGUUAGAGGCUGUAUGUGAGUUUAAUCGGAUCCAGUCGGAGGUGGAGAGGGUGGCUUGGGUCGGUCAAUAUUACACCAAGGCCCUUAGGGUUUCACGGUCGCUCUUCACUCGACUGCUCAAAGUUUUCCGUCAACCCGGAGUAUUGAGGGAAGUGGUGGUGACCCUGCAGAAAGAAGUUGUGGAGGGUGAUUUGUUGAGGGACUGCCUCGAGUUGGGUGCUGAUGACCUCAAGGGUUUGAUCCAAAUUUUCAAGGACAUUGCUCUCCUAUAUUACUCUGCUUCUCCCAAAACUGAUCUGUGAAUGGGGAUUUUUCCUGAAAAAUAACGGGACUCUGACCAUUUCAUAGCAGUCAUUUCCAUGUAAGUAUGGAUGACCUACAGGGGCCAGCAGCACUUCAUAGCUUAAAGUUGCUGAGCUAUAUGGAUGUGGCAGCGUAUUAUGCAUAUGGUGGCAUGAUCCGAUUCUGGUCCUAACGAAGGGAGGUCCGUAAGUUGAGAUUUGGGCUUGAGGUGCUUGUUACGGAACUUGGCAUUCUCAGUGAUUACUUAUGUGGUGGAAAGAGAAUCAUUUUCUGAAGUAGACUCUUCAAGUGCGUCUUUACUGCUGUUUCUUCAACUGCCUAAUUUAAUUGAACAGCAGCAGCAGAGCUCUGAUCACAUGUGCAAUGAAUGCUAUCUUAGUCAAUUACAUUGAUUAUCCUAUCUUUUUCUCAUAACUAUGCCCUUGUAAAUUAUUCACCUUUAAGGUGGCAGCACUUUCUUGUUUAAUACCUUCGGCCAAAUAUAUUGUAAUAUUGCUGUAGAUCGCCUCUGGAGAUCUUGUAUCCUCCUUUUCCUUUGAGCUAGUGUUAA